AUGAGCGAGAGUAGCAUCCUGACCGGACAGCUCUAUACUCCAGAGCAUCCUGACCGGACAGCUCUAUACUCCAGGGCAUCCAGACCGGACAGCUCUAUACUCCAGGGCAUCCUGACCGGACAGCUCUAUACUCCAGAGCAUCCUGACCGGACAGCUCUAUACUCAACCGGACAGCUCUAUACUCCAGAGCAUCCUGACUAUCCUGCUCUACCAGAGCAUCCUCUCUAUAUUCCCGGACAGCUCUAUACUGCAUCCUCAGCUCUAUACUCCAGAGCAUCCUGGCCGGACAGCUCUAUAUUCCAGAACAUCCUGACCGGACAGCUCUAUACUCCAGGGCAUCCAGACCGGACAGCUCUAUAUUCCAUCCUGACCGGACAGCUCUAUACUCCAGAGCAUCCAGACCGGACAGCUCUAUACUCCAGGCUCCUCCAGCUCUAUACUUCAGAGCAUCCUGACCGGACAGACUUCCAGACCGGACAGCUCUAUACUCCAGGGCAUCCUGACCGGACAGCUCUAUACUCUAGGGCAUCCAGACCGGACAGCUCUAUAUUCCAGGGCAUCCAGACCGGACAGCUCUAUACUCCAGAGCAUCCAGACCGGUCAGCUCUAUACUCCAGAGCAUCCAGACCGGACAGCUCUAUACUCCAGAGCAUCCUGACCGGACAGCUCUCUACUCCAGGGCAUCCUGACCGGACAGCUCUAUACUCCAGAGCAUCCAGACCGGACAGCUCUAUAUUCCAGGGCAUCCUGACCGGACAGCUCUAUACUCCAGAGCAUCCUGACCGGACAGCUCUAUACUCCAGGGCAUCCAGACCGGACAGCUCUAUAUUCCAGGGCAUCCUGACCGGACAGCUCUAUACUCCAGAGCAUCCAGACCGGACAGCUCUAUACUCCAGAGCAUCCAGACCGGACAGCUCUAUACUCCAGAGCAUCCAGACCGGACAGCUCUAUACUCCAGAGCAUCCAGACCGGACAGCUCUAUACUCCAGGGGCAUCCUGACCGGACAGCUCUAUACUCCAGGCAUCCAGACCGGACAGCUCUUAUACUCCAGGCAUCCUGACCGGACAGCUCUAUCUCCCAGACCGGACAGCUCUCUACUCCAGGCAUCCCGACCGGACAGCUCUCUACUCCAGAGCAUCCCGGAGCUCUCUCUCCGAGGACGGACAGCUCUAUACUCCAGAGCAUCCGACCGGACAGCUCUAUACUCCAGCAUCCUGACCAGCUCUCUACUCCAGAGCAUCCCGACCGGACAGCUCUCUACUCCAGAGCAUCCCGACCGGACAGCUCUCUUCUCCAGAAGCAUCCCGACCGGACAGCUCUCUACUCCAGAGCAUCCCGACCGGACAGCUCUCUUCUAUCCCGACCGGACAGCUCUUUACUCCAGAGCAUCCCGACCGGACAGCUCUCUACUCCAGAGCAUCCGACCGGACAGCUCUCUACUCCAGAGCAUCCGACGGACAGCUCUAUACUCCAGAGCAUCCCGACCGGACAGCUCUCUACUCCAGAGCAUCCCGACCGGACAGCUCUAUACUCCAGAGCAUCCUGACCGGACAGCUCUCUACUCCAGAGCAUCCCGACCGGACAGCUCUCUUCUCCAGAGCAUCCCGACCGGACAGCUCUCUACUCCAGAGCAUCCCGACCAGCUCUCUACUCCAGAGCAUCCGACCGGACAGCUCUCUACUCCAGAGCAUCCCGACCGGACAGCUCUCUACUUCCUAGCUCUCUACUCCAGAGCAUCCCGACCGGACAGCUCUCUCCAGAGCAGACCGGACAGCUCCCAUCCCGACCGGACAGCUCUUUACUCCAGAGCAUCCCGACCGGACAGCUCUCUACUCCAGAGCGACCGGACAGCUCACUCCAGCAGCUCUCUCUUCUCCAGGGCAUCCCGACCGGGACAGCUCUUUACUCCAGAGCAUCCUGACCGGACAGCUCUCUACUCCAGAGCAUUCCCGACCGGAACAGCUCUCUACUCCAGAGCAUCCGACCGGAAGCUCUCUACUCCAGAGCAUCCCGACCGGACAGCUCUUACUCCAGAGCAUCCGACCGGACAGCUCUAUACUCCUCCACCAAGAAACAUAUCAGGAUAA